AUGUACUGUGUGUUGGCGAUCUCCGUGUGCCUGUUUGGACAGGUCUUGAGUGCGACUACAAUGAUUCCUUCUACUCAUCGUCCUCAUCACCACGAACCAAAUGAGUUUGAUCAAGGUUUAUUCUACUAUGACGCAUUGUCGCAUCAAAUGGUGAUGAAGCUUGGAAGUAACUGUUACAUUGAGAAACUGAAAGCUUCCCAACGGCCACAAGUCCAUACAACCGAUGGGCUUUUGAAACUGGAGAGUAACUUGAUGUUCCUCGUAGCAAAGGGAACCAAAACACAGAUGGGACAUGAUGAAGUGAAUUCUUUAAGCGUGCACCUUGAGCACAUGUGUGGUGGUCAGGACGUCUUUGUAGUAUCGCACCCUCAUCAUCACCAAACAACAACAAUGGGUAUAAUUGGUUGA